AUGUCGGCGCCUACAAUGCGUACGACCCUCCUCUUGACGGAGCAUCUGGGAUAUCCACCGAUUUCGCUGGUAGAUGACAUCAUAAACGCGGUUAACGAGCUAAUGUACAAAUGCACGCAGGCGAUGGAAAAGUACUUGCUAGAACGCAACUUUAUAGGCGGUCGCGACUAUACCGGGGAGAUCCAAGUAGGUAUCGCGAAAUUAGAGACUUUAUGGGAACAUUCUGUGGACAGAAGCUUCGACAAGCUAGAACUGUACAUUCUACGAAACGUGCUGCAAAUCCCACAGGAGCUGAUGGAAAACGGGUCGUUCCGGUUGCGGCACCACGAAUCUCUGGUGCUGCCUCGGGGUCUCAACGCAGAAGACCAGCUUCUCGAGGGUGUCGCAGCCAAGAUGCAAGAAUUGCGCGUUCAGCUGCUGCGGCAUGCAGCCUUGCGGGGACAGCUACAGAAGUGCCAAAAACUGCUUUUCCGAAUUCAAAGCUAUAAGAAACUGGUAUUGACGGCGUUCAAUGACGGGAAGGCGGCCCUCAAUGAGGAACAGCGCGCGAUCUGGCGAUCGCUGGCCCCCGUAAACGAAAGCGUCAAGUUUCUGUCGUCACAAGUACGCGAACUGCUGCUCGAGUCCAGCGACCAAUGCUCUUCAGAUCGCGUCCACAGUCUCAUAACGCACCAGGAAACGUCAAAAACAGGGUUGUACUCACGAACACGGUACUUAGCCCAAAACACCAGAUUGGAGCUCCAAGAACUCACCGGUGACGCCACCGAGCUUGCUUCCCAUUCUGAUCACGAAUUGGGCACUGAUCAGUCGCUACCAGAGAGCUUCUCGCUCGUUGAUCCCGAUUGGUCUGCGCUCCGAAACGCCAGCGCGCCCAACACACACCCACACACCUCACCGGAACACACCCACACACCACAUGGCACGUGA